CUCCCCUUUAAAAACCCUAACGCCGGCGAUUUCCUCUCUUCAUUCUCCUCCUUCUCCUCCCUCUUACUGUCUCCCCGUUUGCCACGUGUCCUACUCACCGUGCCGGGACCCACACCCUUCCUCCUCCGGUUCCGGUCUCCAUGUGCACCAAACACUAAACGCCAUUCCUCUGCUUUCAUUCUCUGUCUCUAGCUGUCUUGCUGACCUUGCUGGCCAUUAUUUUUUCAAUUAUAAAAUUAAUUCAUUUUGUUGAAGUCUAUCGCUCGGCCAAUUGUUGCGGUACAGCUUGAGAUUGCGUAGUCUCGCUUUGUUUUGGGGCUCAUUCUUCAUCGUAGAUCAGGUACAUUCGGAAUUUUCUCUUUCGCAUCGCAGUGCUCUCUGUUGGUCUUCGAUUUCGUGUCCGAUUCGCGAUUUCUGGGGAUCAGACUUGAGGCGACGUUCUUUCGAGGUCCUGCUUGAUGUAAAGACUUGUUAUCUGUACAAUGUCCGGCCCUUUGGAUCGUUUUGCCAGACCAUGUUUUGAAGGGUUCUCCGGUAGUGAUGAGAAAAGAGAAAGGAGAUCGGAUUUUGAGAACUCUGAGGAUGAAAGGAGGACGAGAAUUGGAUCUCUUAAGAAGAAAGCAAUUAAUGCAUCUACCAAAUUUAGGCAUUCUCUCAAGAAAAAGAGUAGCAGGAGAAAAAGUGAUGGCCGUGUCAGCUCUGUGUCCAUUGAGGAUGUUCGGGAUGUUGAGGAGCUGCAGGCUGUUGAUGCGUUUCGGCAAUCACUGAUCAUGCAUGAAUUGCUUCCAGAAAGACAUGAUGAUUACCAUAUGAUGUUAAGAUUUCUGAAAGCAAGGAAAUUUGAUAUCGAGAAAGCGAGGCAUAUGUGGGCUGAUAUGCUACAAUGGAGGGAGGAAUUUGGUGCUGACACUAUUAUGGAGGAUUUUGUGUUCAAAGAGUUAAAUGAAGUCGUGAAGUAUUACCCUCAUGGUCAUCAUGGUGUUGAUAAGGAGGGAAGACCUGUUUACUUUGAAAGACUUGGAAAAGUUGAUCCAAACAGACUCAUGCAAGUUACAACCAUGGACAGAUAUAUAAAGUACCAUGUUCAGGAGUUUGAGAAAGCUUUUGCAAUAAAGUUUCCAGCUUGCACUAUUGCAGCCAAGAAGCACAUUGAUUCAAGUACCACAAUCUUAGAUGUUCAAGGCGUGGGCCUUAAAAAUUUUACAAAAUCUGCUCGGGAACUCAUCACACGAUUACAGAAGAUUGAUGGUGACAAUUACCCUGAGACUCUCUGCCAAAUGUUUAUUAUAAAUGCUGGCCCUGGAUUUAGGCUGGUGUGGAACACUGUCAAGACUUUUCUAGAUCCCAAGACGACUUCAAAGAUUCAUGUUCUUGGGAACAAGUACCAGAGCAAAUUGCUUGAAGUAAUUGAUGACAGUGAAUUGCCAGAAUUCCUUGGUGGUGCCUGCACUUGUGCGGAUCAGGGAGGUUGUCUUAGAUCUGAUAAAGGGCCCUGGAAAAACCAUGCAAUAUUGAAGAUGGUUCUUAGUGGUGAAGCAAGGCGUGCAAGGCAGGUGGUGAAAGUUCUUAAUAGUGAAGGGAAGGUUAUUGCAUAUGUCAAGCCACGAUACCCUAUGCAGGUAAAAGGCAGUGAUACAUCCACUUGUGAAUCAGGUUCCGAAGCUGAAGAAUUAGCAUCACCAAAAGCAAUGAAGAGUUACUCACACCUUAGGUUGACUCCUGUUCGUGAGGAAGCUAAGGCGGUUGGGAAGACAAAUUAUGCUGGUAACCUACCUGGGUAUGAUGAAUAUGUUCCAAUGGUGGACAAAGCUGUUGAUGCUAGCUGGAAGAAUCAAGCAUCUCUCCAGAGAUCAUAUACUUCAAAAGGUGCACCUCCCCUUCCUGACACUAAGAAAACUCCAGAAGGGAUUCGAGCUCGGAUUUGGGUAGCCCUGACUGUCUUCUACUUGGCUAUAUAUACCCUCUUCUGCUCAGUUGCACGCCACAUGACCAAGAUACUUCCCGUGGUAUCAACUAAAGAUGACCAGAGCUCUUCAGAAACAACUAUUGAUAUCUCAAACAAUGAUGACUGUCGACCUCCUUCACCAACUGCAGUAUGUACAGAGGCUGAUCUUCUCCCCUCUAUGCUAAAAAGGUUGAGCGAGCUUGAAGAGAAGGUUGAAACUCUCCAAUCAAAGCCAUCCGAGAUGCCUUCUGAGAAAGAGGAAUUGCUGAAUGCUGCUGUUUGCCGUGUAGAUGCUUUGGAAGCUGAGUUAAUCGCCACGAAAAAGGCUCUCUAUGAAGCGUUAAUGAGGCAAGAGGAGCUGCUUGCUUACAUUGAUCGUCAGGAAGAAGCCAAGUUACGGAAAAAGAAGUUUUGCUGGUGAUUUUUGUUGCUGACGGAGGAAAAGGAUGCUACGUCUCAAGGCAGGCAGUGUUUUCUAUGCUAAUGAAUGUUGACCUUGCACAUGAUAUAUACUCUGGACAGUUUUACUGUAUUUUGAUCAAACUAAUGAAGAAUUUCCUUCAAAUGUUUGUAUAGCCCCUCGAUGGCUCCUUUUUUCAGCUUGUAUGCGAGCUUUCUUGUUUGCCCUGAGCACCUUCGUGCAUUAUCUUCUUGUGUGGCUUCUACUUGUUGGAAAAAAGCUCGUUUUCCCGACUA